GAGGGCGUGGCCUGUGAUUGACAGCCGUCGCUCCUUCCCUUGCCCCUCUCCUCCACUGGAAGCCCCCGCCUGGGCGCCUGCGCCCCCCUCCGCGGCCCAGAGCCCGUCGCCCGUUGGAGGCCAUUGGCUGGCCUUUGCGCACCGCGGAUCGAUUUUCCAGGUGCGGAGUUCACUGUCGCCGCGGUUGCUUCCUUUGGGACCCGCGGCGCCCGGCAGUCAGUCGCAGAGUCCGAGGAAGGGGCAGCGCAGAGCGGACCCGACGUGGCGCCACCCGGCACCUUCCCCGCAGACGGUGGGUGAGCCCUGGGAGCUGCGUCUGCGGCCCGACUCUGCGCCGCUCACCUGCCCUCCCGCUCCCGCACACUCCUGAGAUCCCAGUACAGUGUCGGACCGCACCAGCGCGAGGUGACUGAGACCGCGGAGGAGGACGGGCCUCCGCCCUGCGGCGCCGGCACGGCAGAGGACACUUAGGCACCGGCGGGGCCGGCAGUUCCAGGGUUGGCACUCCCAGCCCCCUGGGGAGUGGGCGAGGGUCCGAGGCCCACUCUCCCCUCGCGCUCUCAUCCGCACGCCCCCAGGUCGGGAGGACGGCGGCGCGCAACUUUGAAUCAUCCGUGUGGCGAGGGCUGCAGCUUCCCCGGUCCCUAAUUAAGGGGCGAUUCCCGGACCCCUCUUGGCAUAGAGCCGAGCCGCGCCGAUGCCCUCGCGCUCCGCGCCUCCCCUCCCCGGAUUUUAACACCGCACUCUCCUCCGCCGACCAGGUGACCUUUGGCUCUGAGCCGGAUCAGAGAAGAAUUCGGCGUCCGCGCGGGACGAUGCCUGAGCGGGAGAGACAGAUCACUGCCAGAGAGGGGGCCAGUCGGAAAAUCUUAUCUAAGCUUUCUUUGCCCACCCGUGCCUGGGAACCAGCAAUGAAGAAGAGUUUUGCUUUUGACAAUGUUGGCUACGAAGGUGGUCUGGAUGGCCUGGGCCCUUCUUCUCAGGUGGACACCAGCACAAUCAGGAUCUUGGGCAUGACUUGCCAGUCAUGUGUGAAGUCCAUUGAGGACAGAAUUUCCAAUUUGAAAGGCAUCGUGAGCAUGAAGGUUUCCCUGGAACAAGGCAGUGCCACCGUGAAAUAUGUGCCAUCAGUUGUGAGCCUGCAACAGGUUUGCCAUCAAAUUGGGGACAUGGGCUUCGAGGCCAGCAUUGCAGAAGGAAAGGCAGCCUCCUGGCCCUCAAGGUCCUUGCCUGCCCAGGAGGCUGUGGUCAAGCUCCGGGUGGAGGGCAUGACCUGCCAGUCCUGUGUUGGCUCCAUUGAAGGCAAGGUCCGGAAACUGCAAGGAGUAGUGAAAGUCAAAGUCUCACUCAGCAACCAAGAGGCUGUCAUCACUUAUCAGCCUUAUCUCAUUCAGCCUGAAGACCUCAGGGACCAUGUAAAUGACAUGGGAUUUGAAACUGCCAUCAAGAACAAAGUGGCUCCCUUAAGCCUGGGACCAAUUGAUAUUGAGCGGUUAGAAAGCACUAACCCAAAGAGACCUUUAUCUUCUGCUAACCAGAAUUUUAAUAAUUCUGAGACCUUGGGACACCAAGGAAGGAAUGUGGUCACCCUCCAACUGAGAAUAGAUGGAAUGCACUGUAAGUCUUGCGUCUUGAAUAUUGAAGAAAAUAUCGGCCAACUCCUAGGGGUUCAAAGUAUUCGAGUGUCCUUGGAGAACAAAACUGCCCAAGUACAGUAUGACCCUUCUCGUACCAGCCCAGUGGCUCUGCAGACGGCUAUCGAGGCACUUCCACCUGGGAACUUUAAAGUUUCUCUUCCUGAUGGAGCCGAAGGGAGUGGGACAGAUCACAGGUCUUCCAGUUCUCAUUCCCCUGGCUCCUCCCCAAGAAACCAGGGGCAGAGCACAUGCAGUACCACUCUGAUUGCCAUUGCCGGCAUGACCUGUGCAUCCUGUGUCCAUACCAUUGAAGGCAUGAUCUCCCAACUGGAAGGGGUGCAGCAAAUAUCGGUGUCUUUGGCCGAAGGGAUUGGAACAGUUCUUUAUAAUCCCUCUGUAAUUAGCCCAGAAGAACUCAGAGCUGCUAUAGAAGACAUGGGAUUUGAGGCUUCAGUCGUUUCUGAAAACUGUUCUACUAGCCCUCUUGGAAACCACAGUGCUGGGAAUUCCAUGGUGCAAACUACAGGUGGUACACCUACAUCUGUGCAGGAAGUGGCUCUCCACGCUGGGAGUCUCCCUACAAACCAUCUCCCAGACAUCUGGGCAAAGUCCCCAGAAUCAACCAGAGCAGUGGCACCUCAGAAGUGCUUCUUACAGAUCAAAGGCAUGACCUGUGCGUCCUGUGUGUCCAACAUAGAAAGGAAUCUGCAGAAGGAAGCUGGUGUUCUCUCCGUGUUGGUUGCCUUGAUGGCAGGAAAGGCAGAGGUCAAAUAUGACCCGGAGGUCAUUCAGCCGCUUGAGAUAGCUCAGUUAAUCCAGGAACUGGGCUUUGAGGCAGCAGUCAUGGAGGACUCCGCAGGCUCCGAUGGCAACAUUGAGCUGACAAUCACAGGGAUGACCUGCGCGUCCUGUGUCCACAACAUAGAGUCCAAACUCACGAGGACGAAUGGCAUCACUUAUGCCUCCGUUGCCCUUGCCACCAGCAAAGCCCUUGUUAAGUUUGACCCGGAAAUUAUCGGUCCACGGGAUAUUAUCAAAAUUAUUGAGGAAAUUGGCUUUCAUGCUUCCCUGGCCCAGAGAAUCCCCAACGCUCAUCACUUGGACCACAAGAUGGAAAUAAAGCAGUGGAAGAAGUCUUUCCUGUGCAGCCUGGUGUUUGGCAUCCCUGUCAUGGCCUUAAUGAUCUAUAUGCUGAUACCCAACAACCAGCCCCACCAGUCUAUGGUCCUGGACCACAACCUCAUUCCAGGACUGUCCAUUCUAAAUCUCAUCUUCUUUAUCUUGUGCACCUUUGUCCAGGUCCUCGGCGGGUGGUACUUCUACGUUCAGGCCUACAAAUCUCUGAGACACAGGUCAGCCAACAUGGACGUGCUCAUUGUCCUGGCCACGAGCAUUGCUUACGUCUAUUCUCUGGUCAUCCUGGUGGUUGCUGUGGCCGAGAAGGCAGAGAGGAGCCCUGUGACAUUCUUCGACACGCCCCCCAUGCUCUUCGUGUUCAUUGCCCUGGGGCGGUGGCUGGAACACUUGGCAAAGAGCAAAACCUCAGAAGCCCUGGCCAAACUCAUGUCUCUCCAAGCCACAGAAGCCACCGUUGUGACCCUUGGUGAGGACAAUUUAAUCAUCAGGGAGGAGCAAGUCCCCAUGGAGCUGGUGCAGCGGGGCGAUAUCGUCAAGGUGGUCCCUGGGGGAAAGUUCCCAGUGGACGGGAAAGUCCUGGAAGGCAAUACCAUGGCUGAUGAGUCCCUCAUCACAGGAGAAGCCAUGCCAGUCACUAAGAAACCCGGAAGCACUGUAAUUGCGGGGUCUAUAAAUGCACAUGGCUCUGUGCUCAUUAAAGCCACCCAUGUGGGCAAUGACACCACUUUGGCUCAGAUUGUGAAACUGGUGGAAGAGGCUCAGAUGUCAAAGGCCCCCAUUCAGCAACUGGCUGACCGGUUUAGUGGAUAUUUUGUCCCACUUAUCAUCAUCAUGUCAACUUUGACGUUGGUGGUAUGGAUUGUAAUCGGUUUUAUCGAUUUUGGUGUUGUUCAGAAGUACUUUCCUAACCCCAACAAGCACAUCUCCCAGACAGAGGUGAUCAUCCGGUUUGCAUUCCAGACGUCCAUCACGGUGCUGUGCAUUGCCUGCCCCUGCUCCCUGGGGCUGGCCACACCCACGGCCGUCAUGGUGGGCACCGGGGUGGCUGCACAGAAUGGCAUCCUCAUCAAGGGAGGCAAGCCCCUGGAGAUGGCACACAAGGAACUUGGAACAGAGACCUUGGGAUACUGCACGGACUUCCAGGCGGUGCCAGGCUGUGGAAUUGGGUGCAAAGUCAGCAACGUGGAAGGCAUCCUGGCCCACAGUGAGCGCCCUUUGAGUGCACCUGCCAGUCACCUGAAUGAGGCUGGCAACCUUCCCGCAGAAAAAGAUGCAGCCCCCCAGACCUUCUCUGUACUGAUUGGAAACCGUGAAUGGCUGAGGCGCAACGGCUUAACCAUUUCCAGUGACGUCAGUGACGCUAUGACAGACCACGAGAUGAAAGGACAGACAGCCAUCCUGGUGGCUAUUGACGGUGUGCUCUGUGGGAUGAUUGCUAUCGCAGACGCUGUCAAGCAGGAGGCCGCCCUGGCUGUGCACACGCUGCAAAGCAUGGGUGUGGAUGUGGUUCUGAUCACCGGGGACAACCGGAAGACAGCCAGAGCCAUUGCCACUCAGGUUGGCAUCAACAAAGUCUUUGCAGAGGUGCUGCCUUCGCACAAGGUGGCCAAGGUCCAGGAGCUCCAGAAUGAAGGGAAGAGAGUCGCCAUGGUGGGGGAUGGGGUCAAUGACUCCCCAGCCUUGGCUCAGGCAGACAUGGGUGUCGCCAUUGGCACUGGCACGGAUGUGGCCAUCGAGGCAGCCGAUGUUGUCCUCAUCAGAAAUGAUUUGCUGGAUGUGGUGGCUAGCAUUCACCUUUCCAAGAGGAUUGUCCGGAGGAUACGCAUCAACCUGGUCCUGGCACUGAUUUAUAACCUGGUUGGGAUACCCAUCGCGGCAGGUGUCUUCAUGCCCAUCGGCAUUGUGCUGCAGCCCUGGAUGGGCUCAGCGGCCAUGGCCGCCUCCUCUGUGUCUGUGGUGCUGUCAUCCCUGCAGCUCAAGUGCUAUAAGAAGCCUGACCUGGAGAGGUAUGAGGCACAGGCGCAUGGCCACAUGAAGCCCCUGACAGCAUCGCAGGUCAGUGUGCACAUCGGCAUGGAUGACAGGCGGCGGGACUCCCCCAGGGCCACACCAUGGGACCAGGUCAGCUAUGUCAGCCAGGUGUCGCUGUCCUCCCUGACAUCCGACAAGCCAUCUCGGCACAGCACUGCAGCGGACGAUGGUGGGGACAAGUGGUCUCUGCUCCUGAAUGACAGGGAUGAGGACCAGUACAUCUGAUGGCACCAGGCAGGCGGGCCAGGGUAGGGACUUGCCUCCACUCGCCACAAGCUGAGCAGGACAACCAGCAGCAGGAUGGGCUGAGCUAGCCUCCAGCUUUGGGGACUUCCACUCCCUGGAUAUGUCCAGUCAUCCUGCCGUGCAGCACGUGGCCUUGUCUGAGUGCAACUGGCCUUGCCCUAGAGAGGAUGGCCUGGCCUGCCUCUUGGCGUCACUGAACCAUCAGCAUGGGCUUUGUCUUGGACUCUAGUCCUUGGCUGUACUGUAGAAGGUGAGAGGUGAGUCACCCUCCUCACAAACCUCUUCUUGGAGUAUUUAGGAUGACUGCUAUGAAAUGGAGAACAGUUUCAUCAGGACUAAAAAACCUCACUGGACCUUUCCAGAGAACUGCAGACCUCACUGUCAGGCUCUUUCUGAUGACGCCUGUCUGUGUGCAUCAUGUUUCUGAGACCACAGUUUACCUCAGGUGUGCCUGUUGCUUUCUUCCUGCACAGUCUGUUCCUUUCUCUCCUGUGUGCUUGUCCGUGGGGACCCCUUGGAACCCUGCCUGUCACCUAGGAGGGCGAGACCAGUGUCCUUGUGGUCCUUGCUGCUGCUCUCAGGCGCUUCUCCAGUGCUCUGGAGUGUGCAUUUCAGCUUGAACCUGCUUCCUGGCUCGCACAUCCCCAGCCAGGGAGCUUGCCACACCAUUCUUCAGGUCCAGGAGAGUUCUUUUUUUGUUUAAAGCCCCCUUCUCCAUGGAGUGGUGGCUUCUCAGUAGAGUGUUGUUGCUGACCAGCUGGAGUGAGGGUCUCAGAGCCUGACCUGAGAGUCCAGACUUGGCUCCUGUGGGGUCUAGGUUCUCGCAAUUCAGGACGUCCUUCCAUAUCCCUGCCCAGCCUGUGGUGCUCAAAACGUUUGUUCCAUGGGAGACGUGUGUGCAGGAGCCUCCCUGCAUGGCCCCAGGAGCUUCGUUUUCAGUCUUCUGUGUGACUGUCACCUUGUGGGGUUCAAUAGAGAAUUCAUGUCACUAGCACCUGGCCUUGUGUGGCUUGGAGAUUAGGUACUGCCCAAAUAGGAGGAAAGCACAGCCUCCUUGAGCCUGCCUUCUGCAUGCACGCACAGGGGCUUCAGGAAAGGAGUGGCCACAGUAUCCUGAAGGGAGCAUCUGUUUACCUGGCCGUGGCUCUCAGAGCAGCAGAAGGGGUCCAGUUUUAGACUCUGAAGUUGGUUGUGAUUGACAGAACCCCUUGGGAGCAAACUAGUAGAUGUUGGAUUAAAUUCUGGGUGAAACCCUUUUCUCCCACACGAAAUAGUUUUAGUGACUUUUUUCAGUGUCCAUUACUUGCCAGGGGCAGUUUUAGCAGCACUUUCAAUAGAUUACCUCUAAUCUUCCCAACCAACCAACAAGGUAGCUAUUACUGUCCACAUUUUACAGGCAAAGAAAGAGGCUCCAAGAGGCUGAGGACUUUGCCCAGGAUGACAUAGCCAGUGGACAAGCCGUGUCUGUCAGCUGUGAAGGCUUCACUCUAAUUGUCCUUCUACCUUGAAUAGAAGUUUUCCUGAUAAGAAUAAACAAGGAAAAGGUCCUUGCCUCCUGGAAGAACAAAUCUACCAGGUGAUCUAUUCAUUGUUUCAACUCAGAAUGCAAUUCAUUCAGGAGGUCAUCUGACCUUCACCUUGGAUGGUUAGUUUCACUUUUUACAUAUAGUUUUUGCGGGGUUUUAUUUUACAAAAUCCAAGUGCCCCAGUGAUUGUGUUUUCAUUGUUUUCAGCCCCCCAACUCCAGCCCGCAGCACAUUUCCGCUAUCCGUCAGUAACUGUGUCCUCUCUUUAUGCUUGCUUGGGGAAUGUUGUUUUCUGACUAGGCUGAUCAUUAUCUAAAGAAUAUAAUUCUGUUGAUUUUUAAAACUUUUAGGACCGUAAACGUUGUGUUCCUAUAUGGACAUGGAAAUAUUUAUAUAAUUUUAUAGAAAAUAACCUUUUAGAUGGUCAAAGUGUAAAGAAUUUUUUUGUCAGAUAACCAUUUCUACUUCAAAAACAUUUCAUGCAAUAUUAGAAUAAAGUUCUUGUCAUUCCUCUCAAAA